AAGUCUAGUCGUCUGGGCCUACUUCCAAAACAUGAGGAAAGUUUGAUUUCAUAGGUUGUCACUGUUGAUUUUGUCUAACCUUUGGACUAAUUGGUUCAUCCCAAUAUAUUUGCACUGAUAUAUAAGACUUCCAGCACAUUGGAGAAAUUCAUCUAUCCAUUUACCGCAAGGGUGUAGUACCUGAAAACAACCAUGGAGUGGAAAAUAUUUCCCAUUCACGUAUUGCUGCUGCUUUCUGUUUUUUUGAUUCAGCAAGUUUCAUCUCAAGAUUUAUCAAGCUGUGCAGGGAGAUGUGGGGAAGGGUAUUCUAGAGAUGCCACCUGCAACUGUGACUAUAACUGUCAACACUACAUGGAGUGCUGCCCUGAUUUCAAGAGAGUCUGCACUGUGGAGCUUUCCUGUAAAGGCCGCUGCUUUGAGUCCUUUGCGAGAGGAAGGGAGUGUGACUGUGACUCCCAGUGUAAGAAGUAUGGCAAGUGCUGCUCCGACUACGAGAAUUUCUGUGAAGAAGUGCAUAAUCCCACAUCACCACCAUCUUCCAAGACUGCACCUCAGCCUCCAGGAGCACGUCCAAACAUCAAAUCAACAACCAAACGUUCACCCAAAUCACCAGACAAGAAGAAGACUAAGAAAGUUGUAGAAUCAGAGGAAAUAACAGAAGAACAUUCUGUUUCUGAAAAUCAAGAGUCCUCCUCCUCCUCCUCCUCUUCCUCUUCUUCUUCAACUAUUCGGAAAGUCAAGUCUUCCAAAAAUUCAGCUGCUAAUAGAGAAUUACAGAAGAAACCCAAAGUAAAAGAUAACAAGAAAAGAACUCCUAAAAAAAAACCUACCCCAGAACCACCAGCUGAAGAGGAAGCUGGAAGUGGCCCAGAUAAUCCUGACAUUCCUACCACCCAACCCAAUAAAGUUACUACAUCUCCCAAGAUUACAACAGCAAAACCAGUAACCCCUAAAUCCAGUCUUCCACCUAAUUCUGAUACAUCUGAAGAGACAUCUUUGACAGACAAUAAAGAAACAAAAGCUGAAACUAAAGAGACUACUGUAACAAAUAAACAGACUUCAACUAGCACAAAAGAGACUUCAGCUAAAGAGACACGGAGUGCAGAGAAAACAUCUGCUAAAGAUUUAGCACCCACAUCUGAAGUGCCUGCUAAACCUACCUCCAAAGCUGAAACUACAACCAAAGCCUCUGCUCUCACCACCCCCAAGGAGCCUGCACCGACUACCACCAAGGAGCCUGCACCCGCUACCACCAAGGAGCCGGCACCCACUACCACCAAGGAGCCGGCACCCACUACCACCAAGGAGCCGGCACCCACUACCACCAAGGAGCCGGCACCCACUACCACCAAGGAGCCUGCACCCACUACCACCAAGGAGCCGGCACCCACUACCACCAAGGAGCCUGCACCCACCACCCCUAAGGAGCCUGUACCCACCACCCCUAAGGAGCCUGUACCCACCACCCCUAAGGAGCCUGCACCCACCACCCCUAAGGAGCCUGUACCCACCACCCCUAAGGAACAACCUCCUACCACUCCCAAGGAGCCUGCACCCACUACCCCCAAGAAGCCUGCACCCACCACCCCCAAGGAGCCCGCACCCACCACCCCCAAGGAGCCCGCACCCACCACCCCUAAGGAACAACCUCCUACCACUCCCAAGGAGCCUGCACCCACCACCCCCAAGGAGCCCGCACCCACCACCCCCAAGGAGCCCGCACCCACCACCCCCAAGGAACCUGCACCCACCACCCCCAAGGAGCCUGCAUCCACCACCCCCAAGGAGCCUACACCCACCACCCCUAAGGAGCCUACACCUGCUACCACCAAGGAGCCUGAACCUACCACCCCCAAGGACUCUGCUCCAACUACCUCCAAGGAUACCACACCUACCAUCCCCAAGGAGCCCACACCUACUGAUCCCAAGGAGCCCACAUCUACCACUCCCAAGGAACCUACUCCUACUAUCCCCAAGGAGCCUGUACCUACCACCUCCAAGGACCCUGCUCUAAAUACCCCCAAGGAGCCCACACCCACCACACCCAAGGAGCCUGCUCCAACCAUGUCAGAGGCUUCUACUUCAACUACCACCAUGGAGCCUCCUGCUACCCCUAAGACCCCUCCUGAAUCAACUCCCGAGUUCUCCGCAGGACCCACACCAAAUCCUCCUGAAAACAGUCCCAAGGAUCCUGCUGUACCUACAACUAAGAUUCCUGCAGUGACCAAACCCCAAAUGACUACAACAGCUCAAGACAAGACAACAGAAAAAGACAUACAUACUGUUCCUGAAAUUACAACAGCAGCACCUAAGAUUACAACAAAAGAGACAGCAACUACAAAAGAAACAACUGAAUCCAAAACAAGUACAACCACACAGGUAACACCUACCACAACUCAAGAUACCACAUCAGUCAAAAUUACUACUCUUAAAGCAACAACUCUUGCACCCAAAGUAACUACUGCAACAAAAAAGACAACUACUACAACUGAGACGACUACGAAAACACCUAAAGAAACAGCUAAACCAAAAGAUACAACUACUAAUUCUAAAGCGACAACUCCUAAACCCCAAAAGCCAACUAAAGCACCCAAAAAGCCCACUUCUACCAAAAAACCAAGACCAACAGAUAGAGUGAGAAAACCAAAGACAACACCAACUCCUCCAAAGAUGACUACAAUGCCUGAAUUGAACCCUACAUCUUUAGCAGAAACCAGGCUUCAAACCACCACCAGCCCUAACCAAACUCCAAAUUCAGAAAUAGAUGAAGUAUAUCCAAAGAAUGACGAUGCAGAUGGUGCAGAAGAAAAACCUCACAUGAUACCUAGGCCCCCGGUGUUAGUUCCUAUAGUUAUUCCAGGCAUUGAUUAUUCAGUGAGAGGACAAAAUCAAGGCAUUGUCAUCAACCCUAUGCUUUCAGAUGAGACCAAUUUAUGCAAUGGUAAGCCAGUAGAUGGACUGACUACCCUGCGUAACGGGACAUUAGUUGCAUUCCGAGGUCAUUAUUUCUGGAUGCUAAAUCCAUUCAGUCCUCCGUCUCCAGCUCGCAGAAUUACUGAAGUCUGGGGUAUUCCUUCCCCCAUUGAUACUGUUUUUACUAGAUGCAACUGUGAAGGAAAAACUUUCUUCUUUAAGGAUUCUCAGUACUGGCGUUUCACGAAUGAUAUAAAAGAUGCAGGGUAUCCCAAGCAAAUUGUAAAAGGAUUUGGAGGACUAAAUGGAAAAAUAGUGGGAGCUCUUUCAAUAGCUAAAUACAAGAACAGGCCUGAAUCUGUGUAUUUCUUCAAGAGAGGUGGUAGCGUUCAGCAGUAUACUUAUAAACAGGAACCUGUCAGGAAGUGCCCUGGAAGAAGGCCUGCUAUACAUUAUCCAGUGUACGGAGAAACGACACAGGUUAGGAGACGUCGCUUUGAACGAGCUGUAGGACCUUCUCAAACACAUGUCAUCAGAAUUCAAUAUUCACCAGUCAGAGUUGUUUAUCAAGACAAAGGUUUCCUUCAUAAUGAAGUUAAAGUGAGUACACUGUGGAGAGGACUUCCAAAUAUGGUUACCUCAGCUAUCUCACUACCCAAUAUCAGAAAACCUGAUGGCUACGACUAUUAUGCCUUUUCUAAAGAUCAAUACUAUAACAUCGAUGUGCCUAGUAGAACAGCACGAGCAAUUACGACUCGUUCUGGGCAGACCCUAUCCAAAGUCUGGUACAACUGUCCUUAACUGAUGGGCAAAGGAAGAGUCAACUAAUUAAAAUGAAGAAGAGAAUAAUAAACUUUGACACUGAAAUACAUUUUAUUAAUAAAGAAUGUUGAGAUAAGCAUA